AUGAUGUCUUUGCAAUUCCUAUGGGCUUUCAUUGCCUUGGUGACGGUCGUCUGCGCUGCUCACACAUCUAACUGGGCUGUGCUCGUAUCAACCUCUCGAUUCUGGUUCAAUUAUCGACACCUAGCCAACACUCUAUCCUUGUACCGCACCGUCAAGCGACUCGGUAUCCCUGACUCCCAAAUCCUCCUGCUUCUGCCUGACGAUAUGGCUUGCAACCCACGGAACGCCUUCUCCGGAACCGUCUAUUCAAAUGCAGACAGACGCAUGGACUUGUAUGGCGAGAAUGUCGAGGUGGACUAUCGUGGUUACGAAGUGACCGUCGAGAACUUCAUCCGUCUCUUGACCGACCGGUGGGAAGAGGGUGUUCCAGCCAGCAAAAGACUACAGACCGAUGAAGGAAGCAAUAUCCUCAUCUACAUGACGGGUCACGGGGGUAGUGAAUUUCUCAAGUUUCAGGACAGCGAAGAAAUCUCGAGCUGGGAUCUAGCGGACGCGUUUUCGCAGAUGAGGGAGAAGAAGAGAUACAAUGAGAUGCUAUUCAUGAUCGAUACAUGUCAGGCCAAUACUCUCUACCGGCAAUUCUAUGCGCCAGGAGUCAUUGCUACGGGGUCUUCCGAAGAGGACGAGAGCUCAUACUCACACCAUGCCGACAACGACGUAGGCGUUGCGGUUAUUGAUCGGUGGACAUACUAUGUUCUCGAAUUCUUAGAGACGCAAGUAACUGGUCCGACCUCAGACAAGACACUUGGCGAUCUUUUUGACAGCUACGAUGUCGGGAAAAUCCACUCCAACCCUGGUGUCAGAUGGGAUUUGUUCCCUGGCGGAGAACAAGCUGGGCGAAGUCGAAGAGUGGUCGAUUUCUUUGGGAAUGUCCAGAGUGUGGAAAUUCAAGGAAACAAUUCGGAUGCCGAGCUUCUGAAAGCCGACGUUGCAGGCUUAAAGCGGCUUGUUCAGGAAUAUGAGGCGUUUGCCCUGGCCCAAGAAAACAACCGAACGGAGAUGUCGGAUAUCAUACAACGGAGAACCGAAAAAAUCAGUCGAGCCGGCCAAAUUCCAUUGAAACGACAAAACACUGUUGGAAAAAUGACAUUGUCGGAAAGCACACAAUGGGCUCGUCAAGUCGGAGGUGCUACAGUUCUCACUGGCCUCGCCGCAUUAUGGUAUUUUGCACCCAAACUUGCGUAA